CCCUCUCGGGCUUCCGUAGUUGGAGGUGCGCCGGAACGCGGACUAUGAGAGAGUGAGGGACCGCGAGUUAGUAAGUAAGAAUGACCAUGGCACAGCUGGGAGCAGUAGUAGGAGUGGUGACUCUCUUCAUUGCCUUGAUUUUACAUUCAUCUAUUCAUAAAGUGGAAGAAGGUCACCUUGCUGUAUAUUACAGGGGGGGCGCAUUAUUAAGUAGUCCUAGUGGUCCAGGAUACCAUAUAAUGUUCCCUUUCAUCACUAGUUUUCGAUCAGUUCAGACAACAUUGCAAACCGAUGAGGUGAAAAAUGUACCCUGUGGUACCAGUGGGGGUGUUAUGAUUUACUUUGACCAGAUAGAGGUUGUGAAUAUGUUGACCCCAUCAGCAGUAUAUGACGUUGUGCGAAACUACACAGCAGAUUAUGACAAAACGUUAAUUUUUAACAAGAUCCACCAUGAGCUGAAUCAGUUUUGUAGUGUUCACACACUGCAAGAAGUGUAUAUAGAGUUCUUUGAUCAGAUUGAUGAGAACCUGAAACUUUCACUACAGAAGGAACUUAAUUCCAUGGCCCCUGGACUCACGAUACAGGCUGUACGUGUAACUAAGCCGAAGAUCCCAGAAGCUAUCCGCAGAAACUUUGAGCUAAUGGAAGGGGAGAAGACCAAACUAUUGAUUGCUGCACAGAGGCAGAAGGUGGUAGAGAAGGAAGCAGAGACUGAAAGGAAAAAAGCUGUAAUAGAAGCCGAAAAAGUUGCACAAGUGGCACAAAUUCACUUUAAGCAAAAAGUAAUGGAGAAGGAAACUGAGAAACGUAUUUCUGAGAUUGAAGAUUCAGCUUACCUCGCAAGAGAAAAGGCCAGAGCGGAUGCUGAAUUUUAUACUUCUGAGAAGAUUGCGGAUGCUAACAAGUUAAAGCUGACUCCCCAGUAUCUGGAACUCAUGAAGUAUCAAGCCAUUGCAGCGAACAACAAGAUCUAUUUCGGAAGUGACAUCCCCAGCAUGUUUCUGGACUCUGCCUUUCUAAAACCACCAGUAAUGCAGCCAUACGAAGGUUUGUCAGACAGAGAAGGCAAGUCUCCGAAGAAGGCUGGGAAAUCGUGAAGAUGAUCUAGCGAGGGAAGACUCUUUGCAGCAUCUUGGAUAUGAAGAAGCUAUAAGGAUGUAACCCAAACAAGCACAACAGCUUUCUGAAGACUGUUCAUAAAA